CACCGAAUGUCACAGGGUCUAAACAAAAGCGGGAAAGAAACGGCCUUGUCUCGUUUGUCUCCUUUCCCCCGGGUUUCCCGGCGCACAGGGACACGCUACGGGGAUGCUAUGGGGGUGCGAGCAUCACUCUGACCGGCACAGCUCACGCUCCACUGAUCCCACUCGCUCAAAGCAAACCAACCUCCACGACUUUAGCGCCGAUCGCUAAGCCAAAGCUACCACUUCUCCCCCGCGACUCCUCUCCUCGAUCGAUGCAACAAUGGCCUCGGUAUUACUAGCGCUGUCCCUUCUCUUGCUUGCGCUCCGGCACACGGCCUCGUCCGCGCCCACGGCCACCUUCCCGAGCGACGCGGCCGCACUGGCGUCGCUCAAGUCCGCGGUGUCCGCGUCCUCCGUCCCGCCCUUCUCCUGCCUCGCGUCGUGGAACUUCGCCCGCGACCCCUGCGCCGCCUUCCCCUGCGGCCUCCAUUGCUACGCGCCGGCCAACUCCUCCUACCUCCGCGUCACGGCCAUCUCGCUUGACCCCGCGGGCUACUCCGGCGCGCUCCCCGCGCCCGUUUUGUCCUCGCUCCCUUUCCUCGCGUCGCUCUCCCUCGCCGACAACCGCUUCCACGGCGCGCUCCCUGCAGGGGUCCCGCUGCCACCAAGCCUCCGCGUCCUCGAUCUCUCUGGCAACGCCUUCUCCGGCGCGAUACCGGUUUCGCUGUUCAGCCACGCCUCGGCGCUGCAGGAGCUCUACCUCUCCCGCAACGCGUUCUCCGGCCGGAUACCGCCGGAGGUCGCGUCCCUGGGCGCUCUGACGCGGAUGGACCUGCAGCACAACGGCCUCACGGGAGCUCUGCCUAGGAUGGACGCGAUGCGCUCGCUCGCCCACGUCGACGUGAGCGCCAACGCGCUGUCGGGCACGCUGCUCGACGCGCCCGGGCGGCUGCCGCCGUCUCUCGUGUCCGUCGUGGCGCGCAACAACUCUUUCUCCGGGCCUCUGCGGGCCACGGCGCUGGCCGCUGUCCCUGCACUCCGGGUGCUGGACCUCACGAGCAACUCGCUGUCCGGCGCUGUCCCCGGCGGCGCGUUCGCGCACCCGGCGCUGCAGCAGCUGCGGCUGGGAUCCAAUCAGCUCGACACGGUCGAGGAGGCGCCCGACGGCGGGGCGUCGAGCCAGCUCGUCGAGCUGGACCUCAGCAACAACAGACUCGCCGGGCGGCUGCCGGGAUGCCUCGGCACAAUGCCGCGCCUAGUGGCGGUCGCGCUUGACCGGAACCGGUUCGUCGGCGUCAUUCCUGACCAGUACGCCGUCCGUGUCGCGGCCGAGGAGGCCACUGAACAGUGGGUGCCGUUCGCCAGGCUGAUGCUGCAGGGGAACUAUCUCUGUGGAGCCCUGCCGAGUCAGAUGAGGCAGCUGAAGGAGGGCGAUGCAGUCGUCAGCUUGGCGGACAACUGCUUGCCGAGGUGCCCGCACAAGUUCUUCUUCUGCCAAGGGGUCCCGCAGAAGAGCCACGCCGCGUGUCCAAAGUGCGAUACUGCGAUCCACGAGGAAAUUCUUCUGGAGAUGCAUUGAGACUGUAAUCUGUAAAUAGCGCACUCGUGUUCUCUUUUCAGCUUUGGAUUGUCGAGAUUAUCGAAAUGGCAUUGUAUCAUCACAUCUUGUAACUCAACUCGCCGUUAAAGAAGUACAAGCUCUGCUUAUCGUUUUACGCGCUGUAAACCUUUCCGGGCCUGUGUUUGUAUGCCUGAACAUUCUUUCACAUGACAC